AGGAUUCCCAUGGUAACACCCCCUCUUUACAGGCCUGCUUUAUCCCACCCAGAGCAAGGAGGGAGCAGUUCCCAGGGCAACCCCCCCAUCUGCUCUCCCCCCACACACACACAUCCAGACACCCAAAGCAUCCAAGGAGAGGUCCAUCCAGGGAGGGGUUCCCAUGGCAACGCCCCCCCCAACUUGCUUCACCCCCCACUCAGAACGGGCUGAGGGGGAUUCUCAUUACACUGGGGACCCUAACCAAGUUCCCCCUAGAAUAGGGUCUCUUCUCACCCCCAUCCCGAGCAGACAGUGAGAGUUUCCCGUUUCAAUGGGGGUCUCGAUCAGGCUCCCGCAGGACAGGCCUCUCAUCCACCUGUAGCAAACAGGUAGCGAUCCCCAUGGCAACAGGCUCCUCACCACUGCAAGCACAGUCUCACCCCUCACCUCCACCCAGGACUGCACAGGCCACCCCAUUGACAGGCCACCUCCUUCCCAGAUCAGUCCCCUCCCCAAAGUACUGUUCUCUCUGCCCCCAGGGCAGAUCCCUUCUUAGCACAGAGCUGAAACUUCAGUCUGGUUUGGAUGAGGACAAAUGAAACCCUGACUCAUCUCCCCAACCAUACUGCUGGUCCAUCACCUUAGCUCCAUAAUGGCCCCUAUUCAGAGUAGUCACUGUCCCUUCCUCUCAACUAUUCAGGAUGCUCACCAUCUCCUUUCCCCCUCUACCUUCUUAUCUAGGGAAAUUGUCUGCCUUACCCCAAAUCCACCACUGGUUGGUGUUCAGGUUUAUCAAUGUGCUUUACCUGUCUUACCUAGGAGGACUCACAGGGCUGCCUCCAGAAAUCUUGAGAUUUUUGGCUGUGGCAAAGGAACCAAUUACAGAAGCGCUAUGAAAUUGGGGUGGAAUAGACAUAGAGGAAGCAGAGACAUGGGACUCUGUCCAGACAUCCUUGGGCCCCACUCUUACACAAAUUCGCUUACAUUCAGGCAUCAGUCAUUUCCCCGAUUUAAAAAUAUAUAAUGUGAUGUCAACUUUUUUCUUCUCAAAAGCGAGAAACUAAGAGGAGGAAGAUGUAGGUGAGUGGAAAACCUCAGACAUCUUGUUUACAGCCUAGAAAGAUGGCCAUUUUGAGUUAAAAUAGAGACAGACUUUUCAAGACCAUUGAAAUCCAAGGCCUCAGGAGCGUUGCUGGAAGGAACAGAACACCGACUCAGAAGCUAGGGCUACGAAGCCUAUGAUCAAUGGUUGUUGAUUGAAUCCCACUAUGUUUUAUGGCGUUGUGCAUUGUGAUAUGUGUGGAACUCUUUCUUGGGGCUUUUGUCUCCUGGUGGAACCUAGGCAGGCGGAGAGGUUGUGGUCAUAACUGUCGGAGAGCUGUUUGUAAUGGCAGUCAUAGAGUCUAAUGGUUUGCUUGACUCGUCUUGCAUGACUGAGCAGGGGAUUUUGACAAGGAGCUGGGAAAGGAGACCGGAGCCAGAAACACACAUUCUGGAGUGCUCACUGAUGUCACAUUUAGCUACAAACUUUGCCUUAUUGAGUACUUUGCUACAGUGAAGGUUAUUUUCCUGUCCAUCAUUUUGUGUUCUUUUUUUACUUCUAGUUCUGGUGAAAGAGGCCAGACUGACAACCCUGGAGACAUCCCCACAAGUACAGCACAGGCAGCUAGAGAACCAACUCCCUUAAAAACACACUACACAGGGUGCCUUCUUCCUUCCCUGGAGGGACACAGUUUAGAGGGUCCCCUUUCUCAGAUGUCCCUAGAAGAGAAGGCAGGGUGACCAGCAAGUAAGCUGUGUUGGGAUGGAUGAGUCCAGAGCCUCCUGGGGAAGCAAUGACUGCUGGCUGCCUCGUGCAGAGACCACAGCCACAUAACAUCAUUCCCCAGCUGAACAGACCCAGCUGCCUCGCAAGAUGCGCAUCACAUUCUGUCAGGGGGUCCUAGCGCUAUCCAUUGUCAUCAAUCUGCUGAUACUGUACUAUGUCUCAAAGCUGCAGCAGCGGAUGUUGCACAGACACAGAGACCCCGUCCAGCCUAGCUCCCGGCUGCUACCUGUCCCCCAGAGGCCCGGGGUGACCAUUAUCAUCAGGGAGUUCGAGGACUUUGAGAACUACGUCCCUGAUGUGGUGCAGUCCUUCCUGAAACAGAAGCCGGAGCAGCCAGUCAUGGUGGCAGCGGAUACCUUGCCGUACCCUCCGCUUGUAUUACCGGAUGCUCCCAACGUCCAGGUCGUGAUCCUCAAGCCAGCCCCUGACCACCCUGCCCAUGUGUCCAGGCCUGAGAUGUACGUGAAGACGGAGUAUGUGGCCCUGGUGCCUGAUGGAGUCAAGGUUGAUUCCACAAGGCAGCUGGAUCGUAUGUUAGAAGAGUUCAAAGCCAACCAGGGCAGAGUUCAAAUGGUGGCGGCGCCUGUGCAAUCCCUUGCUCCCCUCCAGUGCUUGAACCUAAAGGUCAGCCUUAGAAAGUGGACUGCUGAAUACAGCGUAGCACCAUCCACCAGGCUCUGCGCAGCUCUGAAGGGAGACGCCGUGAUUCUGCUACGCACAAAGGAUCUCUUCAACCUUUCCACUCCCUUGGCCAAGCCCUUGCUGACCUCCCUCUUCAUCCAGACAUCGCUGCGGGGCUGGAUGGUCCGAAUCCUUGACAUCUCCUUCUCCUCAGCCCACCAGCCUCUGCUCAGCUCCUCUCACAACCAAUGGAAGGCAGAGAACCGUGCCAAAGCCAGCCGGCUACAGCUCUUCCGAGACUUCGGCAUCAAGCGGGUUCUCCUGGAGGAUGGGAAGCAGCAGUGGUUUGGGUGCAGCAAAGAGACGCCGCGUUGCUUCGGCACCGUCCAUGAUGAUACGCCGGAAUAUCUGUACCAGAACCGCUGGACCCCGCCUUGCUGUCUACAGGCCCUGAGGGAGACGGCAAAGUACGUCAUCAACAUCUUGGAGACCUCCGGGGUGCGGUACUGGCUGGAAGGCGGGACGCUCCUAGGAGCUGCCCGACAUCAGGACAUCAUCCCAUGGGAUUAUGACGUGGAUCUAGGGAUAUACCUGGAGGACAUACCCAACUGCGACCUCCUCAGGAACGUAGAGUCUGGCUCCAUCGUGGACGAGAAGGGCUUUGUUUGGGAGAAGGCCAUCGAGGGCGACUUCUACCGUGUGCAGUACAGCGAGCAUAACCACCUGCAUGUUGACCUCUGGCCCUUCUACCCCAAGAACGGGCUGAUGACCAAGGACACAUGGAUGGACCACCGGCAGGAUGUGGAGUUCCCGGAGCACUUCCUCAAGCCCCUGUUACCCCUGCCGUUUGCUGGCUUCACAGCUCUGGCUCCCAACAACUACCGGAGCUUUUUGGAGCUGAAGUUCGGCGCAGGUGUGAUUGAGAAUCCAGAAUAUCCAAACCCAGCCCGGAAGAAGCUGGAUAAGGGGAAAUAAGCAAGGACUCUGGCUUCUACCUCUGCAUUGGGGCCCAAGAGAGCAUCAGACUCAGAGGCCCAGGGAGCAGGGAUCUCUCUCUCUUGAACAUAUCACUGGUGCCAACAGGUGUGAACCAUGCUGCUGCUGGGGGAGCUGUCUGCUCACGGCUGCUGGUACAGCCCACUGAAGCCGGGAGAGUUUACGCUCACCUUUGGGGCUGGGGGGAUUGUCCAAAGAGCUUGUGGCCAUUUGGAGGUGAGACACUUUGAACACAAAGACAGGACAAUUAACAAAGCAACCUGGGGAGACCUCAUGGAGAUACUGCCUCAGCACGUCUCCCAGACUCACUGG